AUGUCGUCAUCAUGCCCAGCGGUAAACGACUCGGUCGAUGACAUCAUCAAGGAAAGAAAAAGAGCUACGCGCGAGUCUUCAGCGACAAGCAACGAGAAGACUUCGCGCGACAACAAGAGCUCUUCACCGGCCAUCGUUACCGUGUUCACGGCCCGGCAUAACA